AUGUCGGGAGUGUGGUCGAUUCCGUUCGUCCAACUCUGCGCCGCCGCAGUUCUACUAGUCACGUUCCUGGGUUACAUGUACUUGACGUACCACUAUGGAAAGUGGACCGGGCUCGGUGUACCGCACGCCGCGCCGUCGCCGCCGUUCGGCAGCCUGCGUGACGUGGUCAUGGGCCGCGUACCGCUCGUCGACGCCAUCCAUUCCCUGUACCAACGAUUCGACGGGCAACGGUAUUUCGGCAUCUACGAGGGACGCCAACCGUUGCUGGUGGUCUGCGACCCCCAGCUGGUACACACUGUCAUGGUAAAGGACUUCCGGUCGUUCGUCGACCGGAACGCGAGCAAGGUGUCGUUCAUGCACGACAAGCUGUUCGAUCACUUGGUGAACCUGCGGGGCGAACAGUGGAAAGCAAUUAGAGCCAAGUUGAGUCCGACUUUCUCGGCCGCAAAGCUCAAGUCCAUGUUGGGUGACAUAAAUGUGUGCACGGCGCGUCUGAUCGACAACUUGAAUGGGCAGAUAACGAAAAACAGUGGAAUUGUUGAUGUCAGCGAAGCGUCGGCUCAAUUUACAACUGAUACUAUUGGCAGUUGUGCUUUUGGACUAGACUGCAAUGCACUGUCAAAUCCAGAUUCAGAAUUUCGUCGUACAGGACGAGCCAUUUUUGAGCCAAGUCUUCGAUCGAAUUUACUAAGUAUCAUCAGAUUACUUGGUUUUGGUCGGCUUUUAGAUGUAUUUAGGGUACGUGGUAUGUCUGCAAACAUAUUUGACUUUUUUGAUAAUCUACUCGAUACUACAAUGGAACAACACAAAUCUGGAGAAAAUACACGUAACGAUUUUAUAGCACUUUUAGUAAAGUUAAAAGAUGAAGAAAAACAGAAGGAAGAAGGACAAAAACUAUUUACUGAUGACAUAUUAGCAGCUAAUUCAUUCGUAUUCUUUGUUGCUGGUUUCGAAACUACAGCAUCAACAAUAAGUUAUUGCUUGUACGAGUUGGCCAUGAAUCCAGAAAUUCAAGUAAAAUUGCGAGAAAAUAUCAAGAAAACAUUAGACUCAAACGACGGAAAGCUCGCAUACGAUACGUUAAAAGACAUGAAAUAUUUGGAUAUGGUGAUAAAUGAGACAUUCAGACUGCACCCACCAGUUCCCGUUUUAAAUCGAGUAUGCACUCAGAAGUACACAAUUGAGGACAGUAACAUUACACUAAAUGUUGGAGAUAAAUUAAUAAUACCUACAUAUUCAUUACAUCACGAUUCUAAGUAUUAUUCAGACCCAGAAAUAUUUGAUCCUGAACGAUUUACCGAAGAAAAUAUAAGUUCAAGACCACACGGCACUUUCCUCCCGUUUGGCGAUGGACCUAGGAUAUGUAUCGGUUUACGAUUUGCGAUGAUGGAAGCAAAAACAGGACUAGCGGAAAUAUUGACGAAAUUUGAAGUAUCGCCAUGUAAAGAAACACAGACUCCGAUUAAAAUCAAGCCAAGAUCAAUUUUACUCACACCAAACGAAUCGAUUCGUUUAUCAUUCAAAAGUAUUGAUCAAUAA